AUGCCCACCCUCUCAGUGUUCGUGGAUGUCCCCAUGUCCUACAAGUUAGAAGGCAGCUUGCUAAAGAGCUACAAACAAGAUGAUCACCCAAAGAAGACAUUCUUGGCCUACAGAGUCUGCAUGAGUGAAGAUGGGCAGCCCUGGACUUCUCCUGUGGUGACGAAGCUCCGGAAGCAGAUAGCACAGGAUCCCUCCCUGAACUAUGAGUACACACCUGUGAUGGGCACGAAGUCAUUCAUCCAAGCUUCUUUGGAACUGCUUUUUGGAAAACAAAGUCAAGCCAUCGUGGAGAACCGGGUAGGGGGUGUGCAUACUGUUGGUGAAAAUGGUGCCUUUCACCUUGGAGCCCGGUUCCUCAGAACUUGGCAUCAGACUUCUCGAGUAGUUAAUAUCAUCUCCUUUCAAAAAGAACUGUACCGACUCAUCUUCCAGGACAUGGGCUUCACAGUCAAUGAAUACUCUCUCUGGGACCCUAAACAGAUGCAUAUAGACUCAACCAUAUUCAUCAAUGUGACAAAGCAAGCCCCGUUUGGUAGUGUCCUUGUGAUGGGGAACAUUGCAGACUGCAAACUGACACAAAGGGAAUGGACAAAGUUGAUGUCUAUCAUGAAGAAGAAGCGUAUAUUCCCAUUUUUUGACAUUCCGAGUCAAGGUUUCUCUUCUGGUGACCUGAGUGAUGAUAGCACAAUCUUACAGUUCUUUGUGGCUCAAGGCUUUGAGUUCUUCUGCAGCCAGACCCUGUCUAAGAAUUUUGGCAUUUACGAUGAAGGAGUGGGAGUCCUCGCCGUGGUGGCACUCGAUAACCAGCAUCUGCUGUGCACCAUCUCCCAGAUAAUGAACUUUGCCAGUGUCCUGUGGCUUAACCCUCCAGCCCUGGGGGCCCGCCUUGUCACCUCAGUCCUCUGUAACCCUGCCCUGAAGGAAGAAUGGAAGUACAGUCUAAAAAGGGUUGUAGAGAACAUCAUGCUGAUCAAGGAAAAGGUGAAAGAGAAACUCCGGCUCCUGGGAACCCCUGGCUCCUGGGAUCACAUCACUGAGCAGAAGGGGACCCAUAGCUAUCUUGGACUUAAUUCCCAGCAUGUGGAAUAUCUGGUCAAGAAGAAGCAUAUCUACAUUCCCAAGAACGGGCGGAUUAACUUCUCCUCUGUUAAUGCAAACAACAUCGAUUACAUAGCACAGAGCAUCAGUGAGGCGAUCCUCUUCACAGUGAACCCAGGAGUUUCUUCAGAAGUAAAUGAUAAAUGA